CCGAAGGCGAGAGAGCGAGGGAGCCGGGGGCCAUUUUAAAAGCCCCGCGCGCGGCGCUGGCCCCGGCUCGCCCGGGGGGAGAGACAACGUCCCGCCUUCUCUCUUGUUGGAUUGGACCUUUCUCCCGCCUUUUGCACACGCACACACGCCAUGUCCUCCACCGACGUUUCCUUUGAGUCUACUCUUCUCGACGCCAUCGCCGCCGUUCGCGACGACGCCAAGCCCAACACCUGGGUCAUCGCCGUCCACCCUGAUGACAACCCCAACGAGCUGGCUCUCCACUCCACCGGCGAGGGUGACGUCCAGGACAUGAUCAACAACAUGGACGACAGCUGCGCCAUGCAUGCCUUCGUCCGUGUCAACCAGCAGUUCGACCUGUCCAACACCGUGAAGUUCGUGUACAUCUACCUGCUCGGUGACCAUGUCCCCUUCGUCAAGCGCGGCAAGUUCGGCAUUGUCUUCGGCAAGUGCCGCGGCAUCUUCGAGCCGUACCAUGUUGACUUCGAGAUCACCAAGGUCAGCGAGAUCACCCCCGCCGAUAUUGAGAAGCGUGUCGCCGAGAAUGUUGGCCGCUCCGACAACAUCCUCGACAACAUCGAUGACCGCCAGGUCCGUGGCUACACCGCCCUGAGCGCCCACACCGUCAACACCCAGAACGCCGCCCCGGCGACCCCUGCCGCCCCGGCUGGCGCCCGCAUUGUCAAGGGCUCCGGCCCCACUCUCGGCACUGUUCCCCGCGGCAAGUCCUCCGAGGUCUCCUUCUCCCAGGAGGCCAUCGACGCCAUCAAGCAGGUCCACGAUGGCCACCUCACCUGGGUUCUGUGCCACUACCCUGGCGACGCCCUGAACAACCCGAUCGCCGUUCUGGCCUCUGGCAACGAGGAGGAGCCCGCCAAUGUUCUGGCCGGCCACCUGAACACCUCUUCCCUGGCGUACGGCCUGAUCCGUGUCGUGGACCCGGUCGAUGGCAUCCCCACCACCAAGUUCGCCUUCGUCUCGGUUGUCGGCCCCUCGGUCCGCAUGAUGACCAAGGCCAAGGUCGGCACUCACCAGGGUGCCGUCCUGGAGACCUUCCACCCGUACCACGUCUCCAUGAACCUCUCCGGCGAGCCUGGUGAGAUCAGCCACCAGAUUGUCAUGGACAAGGUCCAGCUUUACUCCGGCUCUCGCCGUUAAAUGGGCUUGGGUGUCCGUUUUUCUCUCUCGCGCUCUCUCCCUCAGCCAGGGAAGGAGCCACGCCGUGCGCAGUGUGUACCCUCCCGUGCUAGUUCUCCCCUCAGUUUGUGGGGAAGGGGUCGGGGGCCCCGCGGCUGUGCGCGCCUGGCGGGUCUUUUUUUCAUGCAACGCACUAUAUCCCCCCCUCCCCACACAAUACCAAAUGCAUCUGCUUGAUUUUCCCCCGGCUA